AUGUUUAGGUAUAGUGAACCUAUCUUUAAAAUGAUCAAUUUGAUGAUUGGUGGUAUUGUAAUAUCAUCUUCUAUCCAUCAAGCUGCAUAUAUUUUUUUAAAUGAAAUCAAUGCAGCAUUAUUAGGAGGGUAUGCAUUUAUAUUAUGUUUACCUGUAGUGAUUUUAGAAUUCAAACCAAUACGCAAAUUGCAUAAAAUAGGGUCGUUUUAUUAUUCAUUUAUCGGUAGAGGUAUCUUGUAUAUCAUGCUAAGUUUUAUGAUUAGUUUUGGAGAUUUUUUCAAAUGGUUUGGAUCCAUGAUUGUUUUUUUAACUGGGAUCAUGUAUUGUAUAUUUGAAUUGCUACCAAAUGUGGAGCCGCCAAGAUUAUGGAGGUAUUAUAAUCCGGAGACUCUUGGGCGAGAGCAAGGGCAAGGGCAAGAGCAAGGCCAAGGGCAAGAGCAAGGCCAAGAAGUGACGAGAGUUGAAUUUAUUGACACGCAACCCAAGAAUGAGCCAGUUGAUAAUGAUGAUAAAAGUUUGAGUGUUUGA